CGAUGUCACACAUAGGUUUUAAAAUAUGAAGCUUGUAACUUGGAAUAUUAAUGGCCUCAGAUCAAUGAAAGGACCAAUUAAACCAUUUCUUGAUGGACUUGACGCUGACAUUAUAUGCUUUCAAGAAACUAAAAUAACAAAAGAUCAAAUUGAGAGCGAUUUAGCAUUAGUUGAUGGAUAUUCUUCAUACUUCAGCUUUUCACAAACACGCCAAGGUUAUUCAGGCGUGGCCACAUAUUGUAAAACGAAUACUACACCAUUUCUAGCACAAGAAGGAUUAUUUGAUUUUGCAGAAAAGUCUGCAGGAAAUGGAGCCAUUAUGCAUUAUGGGGAUUUAAGUUCAAAAUUCUCGCAGGAGAGAUUGUAUGAAGUUGAUAAGGAAGGGAGAACAAUAAUUACUCAGCAUGAAUUCUAUGAUUCAGCGAAGAAGAGAAAUGAAAAGUUAACUGUUAUAAAUGUCUAUUGUCCGAGGGCAGAUCCAGAAAAACCAGAGCGACAAGUUUUCAAAAUGGAUUUUUACAACAUGUUAGAAACUCGAGCAAACGCAAUAUUGAAUUCGGGAAGGCAUGUUAUUAUUUGUGGGGAUAUCAAUACAUCACAUAGAAGGAUUGAUCAUUGUGAUCCUAAUGAUCCAGAAUUGUUUUACGAUAAUCCAUGCCGAGAAUGGAUGGAUGGGAUACUAUAUAACAAAGGUGACUACUCUGCUCUAAUACAUUUAAAUUUAAACUCUAUCCAGACAGAAUUCUGCGAAGGAUUUGAAAAUAUAAAAAAUGUUUUAUGCGAAAAAGAUUCUAGUACUGAUGGAACUGAAUCAAAUACGGAGGAAUUUACACAACAAAAUUUAAAACAGGAUUCGGAAAAUAUAGAUAUUUGUAACAACAAUAGAGCAAAAUUCAUCGAUACCUUCAGAUACUUUUUCCCACAUCGAAAAAAUGCAUUCACUUGUUGGAACACAAUGAAAUCUUGUCGAGAAACUAACUACGGCACGAGAAUUGAUUAUAUUUUAGCGAAUUCUGAGUUUCAUAUAAAUUAUGUUAAAAAUUGUGACAUUUUACCGGAGAUUUAUGGAUCUGAUCAUUGUCCAGUCAAAGCAGAUAUCAAUGUAACUAUGAUACCUGCAUCCAAAUGUCCGCCAUGUUGUACUAAAUAUAUGACAGAAUUUGGAGGCCGACAGCAGACUUUGUCAUCCUUUUUUUCUCAAAAAGCAAAAUCAAAAUUUGAUGAUGAGCAGCUUUGUCAAAGCCCUGUAAAGACAGUAGUAUCUUCUUCACUAAAGACCUCUACGCAGAAACUUUCUAAAUCAUCUGUUUCAAAUUCCAAAAAGCGGAAACAUGAAAACAGCAGUAAUACUGUAAGCAAACAGACGAAACUCCAUUUUUUUACCCAAAAUAAAUCUUCAAAAUCUAAAGUAAAUAUGGAAAUAAACACUAAAAAAUCAGCCAAUACUUUGUCUCUUUCUCAAGAAAAACUCGAAUUCAUGCCAAAAAUUGAUAAAUCUUUCACGACAAAAAGCUCAACUGAAGUUUCAAACUUUUGGAAAUCAGUACUGAAAGGCCCUGAACCUCCUCCAUUAUGUAAAGGUCACAACGAACCUUGUUUUCUUAGAACAGUUAAAAAAGAAGGUCCAAACUUAGGGAAGCAAUUUUAUUGUUGUCGACGUCCUGAUGGACAUAAAACUAAUCCUGAAGCAAGAUGUUCAUUCUUUCAAUGGAAGACCUGACUGAAAAUUUUCAUAGGUUAUCUUGUACCAGACCUUGAUAAAUGUUCAUUUUUCAGACAUAUCCAUUUUCAAGUUGAAUAUUUCUUAUUAAGGAAUAAACUUUUUUUAGGCCUUUUUAAAUAUUAGCAUUCUUUACUGAGAGAAAUAGUAAAUUUUAAAUGCAAACUUGAUUUAUGGUAGUUAUUGAGUAGGCUAUUUAACCGCUGCUGCCCUCACAGUAUUGGUUUCAAAGUAAUGUUUAUACCCAAAUUUUUCAGCUCACAAUAAAUUCGACUUUUUAAAAUUCGAUGGAAAUAUACUAACUACUUUAAUUUUAUGCAAGACUUAUCAUGUUAACAUGUUUUUUGGUAUAAUAGUUGUUUUUAAACAGCGCAACGACGUAUUCUUGUAAUAAACUAUGUCAUUCCUGCUUUAUUAUUAAUAGUUGUGUUUAGCUGGUCAUGAUUAUGAAAAAUUUUCAUUUUACUAGGCCUACUAAAUUGCCGAUUUAUGCUUAUGGAUAUAAUUUGAUGCAAUUUAACAGUAGUUAAGCUCUCGUAUUUCUAUUUCAGCCAAUUUAAUAAUAUAUUUUCAUACUUCAAUUUGCAG